AUGGCCGCCCUUCCACCCGCACGGACGCCGUCCUGGAACUCCGCCGACGAAGCCAAAGAGGUCAUUGUCGAUGGACUCGAGAAGGGUUCUCCUCCCGAAUCGCUCCGUGACAUCAAGACGUCGGUAUGGACGCGUGUUUUUGUCGGCGACGCGAGCCAGGACAAGGAGACCAAAAGGGCCAUGCAAAGUCGCCAUAUGAUCAUGAUCGCCAUUGGCGGCACUAUUGGCACCGGUAUCUUCCUCAGCGCAGGCUCGGCAGUAGCACUCGCAGGACCGGGUAGUGCACUCUUGUCAUACUUUGUCGUCGGUGUUUUCUGCUAUGGUGUUGUCAUUUCUCUUGGUGAGAUGGCUUCGUACAUCCCGGUGACUGGGUCUUUCGCAGUCUUCGGAUCCCGUUUCGUCUCUCCUGCGCUUGGUUUUACUCUGGGAUGGAACUAUUGGUUACAAUGCGAGCUGACGGCUGCAGCAGUCAUUUUGCAGUAUUGGGACUCGAACAUAACUCCCUGGCAGUGGGCUCUCAUCAUCAUCGCCCCGAUAUUCGUCAUGCAGCUUAUACAUGUGCGAGUUUACGGCGAGUCGGAGUACUGGUUCGCGAUGAUCAAGGUCGUCAUGAUCAUUGUCUUCAUCUUCGUCGGCCUCAUCUACGACUGGGGAGGCGUCCGUGGUCACCCCGGACCUGGUCGCUCGAACUUCCAAAAUGGCCAGGCGUUCAUCGGAGGCUUCGGCAACUUCGCACAGACCUUCGUUUACGCGUUCUACUCUUACGGUGGCGUUGAACUGGUCACGCUCGCGGCCGGAGAGAGUGCGAGCCCGCACAAGACCGUCCCUCGUGCGGUCCGGGCGACGUUCUACCGCAUCAUCGUCUUCUACAUUCUUACAAUCCUCACCAUCGGGUUGUGCAUCAACAACGCAGAUCCCACGCUCCUCACUGCUGCAUACGAUUCGAGUGUCGCCGCGUCCCCGCUCACGGUCGUAUUCCAACGUGCCGGCUUUGGCGCGGCCGCGCAUGUCGUCAACGCCGUUCUCCUCACUGCCGUGCUCUCCGCGACCAAUUCGUGCUUCUACGCGAGCUCGCGCAUGCUCCUCUCCCUCGCGCGCCAAGGCCACGCCCCGCGCAUCUUCGGAUGGGUAAAUUCCCGUGGCGUCCCCGUCCCCGCACUCAUGCUCUCACUCGCAGUGUCCUUCCUCACCUUCCUGACGACUAUUUGGGGCGAAGGUGUUGUCUUCUCCUGGCUCGUCAACCUCACCGGCAUCUCGUCUUUGCUCGUCUGGGGCACCAUCGGUAUCAUUUCCCUCCGUUUUCGCGCAGCGUGGAAGGCGCAGGGUAGACCGAUCGGGGACCUGCCGUACACGCAGCCUCUCUUCCCUAUCCUGCCGUUGGUGGCGAUCAUCCUUGCGCUGGCGAUGCUUAUUGCCCAAGGGUACGCUGCGGUCGUUGAGACACCGUUUGACCCCAAGAAUAUCGUCGCGACGUACAUAGGCGUUGCGGUGUACGUCCUCUGCUACGUCGGCUGGUGGGCGUACGAGUUCUUCUGGCUCAAAAAGCGCCAGCACUUCGUCCCCCUCAUGGAUGUCGACCUCGACACGGACGCCGUCUGGGGGCCCGGAGAGGGCCUGCGUCUCCGCCAAGAGGAACAAGAGGCGCUCGAAAAGCGUGAUGCGCAGGACAUCGCGGACGGCAAACGAUCCAGGGUGUGGGCCCGCCAGGCCGCGCGCUUCGUCAUUUGA